GCGGCAGAGAGGGCCGCUGGCUUGUGCGGCCGAUGAUCCUUAUUCCAAUGGAUAACCAUAGAAUGGAUCCAUACAUAUUCUGGGCCAGGAAGAACCUAUCUCGACGCCGGUACAACAUAACCCCGAAGCCAAACAGUGCCCAAACCCUAAACCCCAACAGAGAAACUCAAAAGAUCAAACUGAGGAGGAGGAGGUUAGCUUAGCGUAGUAGUAGUUAUACGUGGCGGGAAAACUCAUCGAAUCGAAUCCAAUGACAGACGAGAAAUCAACGCCGUUGGUCUCGGAAAGCCCCAAGCACUCGUUCGAUCAACGGCCUGAAUCUCCCCAGCGUCCUUGGAAGCUCCCGAGAAUCGCCGGCGAAGAAAUCAUCAACGACGACGAAGACGGAAGCCCUGGUGACGAAACGAUGAGUCAAAACCCUAGAAUGCAAAGGUACUUGGUGGCGAUCGAGUACAUUGGGACUCGAUUCGCAGGGGCACAGAAACAGCCCAAUUUCAGAACCGUCGUGGGUGUACUUGAGGAAGCUUUCCAUAAAUUUAUUGGACAGCCAGUUUCAGUCUUUUGCUCAAGUCGAACUGAUGCAGGAGUACAUGCCUUAUCGAAUGUUUGCCAUGUAGAUGUGGAACGCAUAAGCAAAAGGAGACCUGGUGAAGUGUUACCACCUCAUGAACCUACAGUGGUUAGAAGAGCUGUCAAUCAUUUCUUACAGCAGAAAGAGGGUGAUAUAAUGGUGAUAGAUGUUCGAAGUGUUCCACAUAAUUUUCAUGCUAGAUAUAAAGCUCAAGAACGCACGUACUUCUAUCGCUUGCUGUCUGGACCAGAGCCUUUGUCAACCUUUGAGAAAGAUCGUGCUUGGCAUGUUCCUGAGGAGCUAGAUAUUCUAGCUAUGCAGAGAGCAUGCAGAGUUCUUGUUGGACAUCAUGAUUUCAGUUCCUUCAGGGCAGCUUCCUGUCAGGCAAAGUCACCUAUCAGAACUUUAGAUGAAUUUGGUGUGAUGGAGGUAGUGUCUACUCCAUAUUUUCCUUCAAUCGUUGAGAGGGAACAAAGCAGUUUUAUUGGGGAAGAUCCCUUUGCAUGCAGCAGUGAGUCAAAGACUGAUCUGCCUCAUGGUUCUUUGAUAUCCACUGAAGAUAAAGUAAAAACUUCAAAUGGUGAAUCCAAUGAUGGAUUUGCCGUAAGGAGAAGACAUCGUUGCUUUGUGGUCACUGCAAGGGCACGCUCCUUUCUAUACCACCAGGUUAGAUUGCUAGUUGGGGUUCUCAAAGCUGUUGGCACUGGAGAAUUAACAAUUUCUGAUGUUGAGCGCAUUCUGAAUGCAAAGAAUGUGACUGCUGCAAGUCCCAUGGCCCCGGCUUGUGGUCUCUACCUGGGAAAUGUGAAAUACGAUUUGCCUUGUGAUGUGCCAAAAUAGCUAGUGGAUUUAUUAGAUUAUGGACUUGUUGGGCUAUUGGACUAUUGAUCAGCAUUUGUUUUUAAUCACUCCGAAUAUGGCAAAUAAUUAUAGUUUUUCAUUUAAUUUUUAAUUUUUUUUUUGUCUUUGUAUUUAUUGUUAUGUAGACAUUUUGUAAAGCUUAUGAUUAGGCUUGACUAGGUAUUUGGAAUUUUGUCAACUUUGUCCGUAAGUGUAAUGUAAGUCUAACGAAGUUAGGCAUGCAUUAAGUCUUUGGUUUUUGUUUGUAUCCAUCUAUUACAUUCUAUAAAUUGGUAUUCAAGCCAACAAAUAAAACAAUGUAAACUCUUUCCAUCCUUUUGUGGCCAA